AUGAAUUGUGUUGCACUAAUAGUUCCACGAGUGGGUAGCGUUACCCCAACCAUUCCCAUACCGAAAGAAGCGCUUGGUGAGUUUAUGAAUUUAUAUUUAGCUGAUCCUCAAUUACAGGUUCCGGGAGCAGUCGAUAUAAUUUUGAGCGCUUCAGAUUAUGCUGCUAUUGUCUAUGAGCGACUAAAACGGCAUCCAAUUAACAAUAUUGUUGCUCAAUAUACGCAACUCGGUUGGGUAAUUUUUGGUGGACUGUCGCGACCGAAGGGUAUUUCAGUGAAAGGACAAAUAAAUUGCUGUCAUACUCGGACAACAUUGCACGAAAUGCUACAUAAAUUUUGGGAAUUGGAAGAAAUAACAAACCACACUCCGUUAACAAAAGAUGAAAUAUACUGUGAAGACUUCUUUGAGAGUACAACUGUACGCAACGCAACGAGACGAUAUGUGGUUAGACUACCAAUCAAGCAGAAAGUUGAUUUGGCAACACUUAAGUCAAGUAAACUAAAUGCACUUGCAUUAUUAAACAGUACGUUACAGCGAUUAACCCGAGAUCCAGAAAUGUACAAACUCUACCAAGAUUUCAUGGACGAAUAUCAGACAUGUGGCCAUAUGGAAGUGGUACCACACUCGUAUGAUGCAGCUUCAACAUGUCAUCUUCCUCACCAUGGUGUCUAUAAGGCAUCGAGUUCUACAACGAAACUUCGCGUAGUCUUCAAUGCUUCUAAUAAAUGUAUGAGCGGAAUAUCUCUUAAUGAUUGUCUGCAUAUAGGUCCCAGAUCACAAAAUGAUCUAUCAAAUAUCAUCUUGCAAUGGCGACAUUACCCUAUAGUGUUUACAGGAGAUACCGAGAAAAUGUAUAGGCAAAUUCUUGGUGAUACCAAAGAUGUGGAUUUGCAACGAAUAAUGUGGCGCGUUCUACACGUUGACGCCCCUACAACGUUCCGGUUGCUCACUGUAACAUAUGGGACUAAUUGUGCUCCAUAUCUUGUCAUCAAAGUAUUGCGUACCCUGGCAAAAGAGGAGCAAACUCGUUUUCCUUGGGCAGCUGAAUUGAUUCUGAAUGAAUUUUACAUUGAUGACGUACUAUCAGGUGGAGACACUCCAAUCGAAGCUGCAGAAAAAUUGCACGAACUUCAGGAGCUUCUAGCAACUGCAGGCUUCACUUUACGUAAAUUUAAUUCGAAUUCAAAUGAAGAUUUAAGCACUCUGACUGAAGACGUAAAAGCUCACUCCGAUGAUGUGGGAAUUAACACCGAGUAA